AUGAUCACUAGAACUGAAAACCCUGUUAUCCUGGGUUUACCUACUCAAAGUGCCAGGAGGUGGUAUAACACAGAUGCAGCAGCAUACAUGCAUCUGAAGAAUGCUAGCACUCUUCAUGGCAUUGAACAGUCUGGGGUACUGAUGACCCCAACAGUGACAACACCUAAUGAUGACUGGAGGAAGACACUGAAACUCCCUUUAAGAGAUCUAAGGAUCAACACUUCAGAUGUAACUUCCAUAAAAGGCAAUGAGUUGGAAGACUACUGCUUGAAAAGAGAGCUAUUAAUGGUAAAUUUUGAAAUAGUUUGGGAGAAGCCAUCUCCACUUCAGGAGGACAGCAUUUCCACUGCACUGUGUGGCAGAGAUAUAUUGGCUAGAGCUAAAAAUGGAACAGGCAAGAGUGGAGCCUAUCUCAUUCCCUUCCUUGAAUGCCUCAACAUAAAGGAAGACAGCAUACAGGCACUGGUCACACGAGAACUGGCUCUUCAGGCUAAAAUCUAUAUACAGGUCAGCAAGCAUAUGGGAGGAAUCAAGACCAUGCCCACAACAGGUGGAACUAAUUUGCAUGACGAUAUUUUGCGACUGGAUGGCACAGUGCUUGUUAUAAUUGCUACACCUGGAUGGAUUCUGGAUCUCAUUAAGAGGGGAGUGGCAAAAGUAGAUCAUGUGAUGAUGACUGUGCUGGAUGCAGCUGACUAGUUGCUGUCUCAAGACUUUGUACAAAUAAUGGAAGAUAUUAUAUUAAUCUUGCCAAAAUAUUGACAAAUCCUGCUUUAUUCUGUUAUGUUCCCAUUCAGUAUACAGAAGUUCACGAAUGCCCAUUUACAGAAACCCUAUGAUGUAAACUUGAUGGGGGAGCUGAUCAUCAAAAGAGAAACACUGUACUGUGCCUCUGUAAUAAAAACAGAAAAAACACUGCUCUCUAACCCUUUUAUCUCUAGGGUCCAGAACAACCCGUCUGUUAUCUUCUGCAACUCUCCUCUGAGAGCUAGAGCUACUGUUAAGAAGAAAUCUCUACUAGGCUAUUCUUGCUUUUUUUUCAUUCUAACAAUGUGGCAGAAACAUUACAAUCAUAUGUUCCACAAUUUUAGUGAAAAUGGGACUAAUACUGCUCAUGGACUUUCUCAAGGUGAUGUAUUUCUGGACAGUAUCCCCCGAGGACAUGGAUUUAUUAAUCGACAGGAAACAAUUAUUGACUUACAGCCAACUGGACAGAACAUAAAUGUAAGUGUUGACUUAGAGCGAUGGUAA